UUUUUCUUUUUUACUCGACUCCUUCUUCUCAUUCUUCUCAAAGCGAAACGAGCGGAGCCAAAAUCAUUUAUUUAUGUAUUAAUGUCGGAUUCCAUCUUUCCCUCCGCGGCCGCCGCUGAGGUUCCACGAGAGCUGGGUAAACUUGUCCAUGUGACAGAAAUCCAAAAUUGGUAGAAGGCAAUGAAGCAACACUGUGACAUCUCUUUGGCCGGUCCAUGACACCAAACCCCACGCAAACCUCUCCACUAUCCACCUACCCUCUGUUCUCAUCACACCGGACUACCAAUCACUCACAUCUACACCAAGCUGCAACAUGGCCAGCAAGAGGAAAUCCACUGUGCCCUGCAUGAUACCAUCCAAAUCCAAACAUGCACGUGAGGAAAUCGUUCUGGGCUCGCUACCAGAACUCCUACCAACAAUCCCGGAAGACAGCAUACUCAGCAUCUCUGGGGAGGAGUCGGGCCACUUCUCCCACCGCUCCUCCAAAUCCGAAAGCAGCAGUGAAACGCAGAAAGGAGGUACUUACAGCUGCGUCACUUGCCAAUUCGAGUCCAGAGACCUUAACUACUUUUUGGAUCACAUGCACAACUGCCAUCUAGACUUCAGGGCCCAGCCCACCUUCUACUGCCUGAACUGCGGGGUGUCGGUUGUCCGCUUCGAGGCUCUUGCGCUGCACAAUGCCAACGCCCACCCCAAGAUCAUGGAGGGCUUGGUUACCGCCUCCCUGAGCGUAAACAAGAGAGAUGGAGUAACAGCUGUGGAGCAAAGCCUCUUUACAGAUAGUGGAGAAGACUACAAAGAAUCUGGGAUCUCCCUCACCAAAACACCAAUCGCAAAGAUGAUGAAAGCCAAGGGGGAGCACAAAAAGAUUGUUGUAUCUCACACCGUGGAGGUACGGAAGAUAGACACUGGAAAGGAUGUAGACCCUAGCAUGCUGACUAAUGUGCCUGAACUCCAAAACGGGGCUCUCAGUACCUCUGGGGCCCCAGCUAUGCCGAGGACCACUGUCACUCAUGUGAUUACAACAGUGUCCAACCAAGUCUUUCACCAGCACACUCCCCCCCUUUACUCCCCGACUUCCUCUGACGCGAAUAAAGAUCUUCCAAAGGUGAUGAUCCCUCUCAGCAGCAUCCCCACCUACAAUGCUGCCAUGGACACCAGCAGUUUUCUCAAGACUUCGUUUGGCAAGUUCCCCUACCCGACCAAAGCCGAGCUCUGCUACCUGACGGUGGUUUCAGAGUUUCCAGAAGAGCAAAUCAAGCUAUGGUUUACUGCCCAAAGGCUUAAACAGGGCAUCAGCUGGUCUCCCGAAGAGAUCGAGGAGGCCAGGAGGAAGAUGUUCAACACUGUUUUCCAAGGAGGAGCGCCCCAGAAGCAGCCUGUGACAGCGCAACACGUCAAUCACAUUGUCACCCACCACACUGUCACAGGCCUUCCAGGCUCCAAAGGACCAAACUUUCAGAUGGCCAAAGCUCCGUACGGAGGCAUGAAGCCAAGGCCAGUCGGAGUCAUAGCCACGCCAGCCAGCUUGUCAACAAAGCCCAACGUCACAAGGGUCUCGUACUCUUCUCCGGUCGCCCCACCAAAGUUUUCAUCUGCUGUCCGAACAACACAAGAGCCUGCCAAGAGUACUGAACUCACUGUGGAGCCAGAGAAGAGCAACGGGCUGGAUGCAGCUGGAAGCAGCGGUUGUGUCAGUAGCACCAGCAGCAGUCGAAGCAGCAGUAGCAGCAGCAUCAGCAGCUAUUCCAGCAGUACCAACGGUGUCGAGAGCAGAAAACUGCUUAGCAACAACAGCAGCCCGACCAACGCCAGCAACAGCGCUGCCGCCUGCCCCGCGUACAUUAGCAAUAACGGCGAGAACUGCGUUGCUGACCCCGACGGCAAGCCAAGCGCCAAGAGUAACAGCUUACCGACCGGGUCGGAGGGAUCGAACAGCGCCACGAGUCACGUGAUCAUAGACAACACCAGCAAAUCAGAAACCGACUGUAACAAUCAUCACAGCAGUGCCGUGGCUGAGCCGGACGGGGCUCGCGCUGACAGGGCGGACGACGACGACGACAGCAGCUACGUUCACAAGACCGACAACGGCAGUAUUAGCAGCGAAAGCUCCAGCUCCGCCUGUGAUGACGGCGCCCCUAACAAGAAUCACGCCAGCAAAUCUCCACCUGAAAGCACCAGCACUACUGUCAUCACAAAAAGCAACUCGUCCAUUAUAGAUGAGGGCGGAUGCAACAAAGACUUCCCCAUGAAAGGCAUGUCAAUCUUACACAAGCUCAUUAAGGAGGAGGACCUGAUUAUCGGAGAGAGGGCACGCAAAGAGCUCAGAGUUGACCCCAUUAAGAUCAAUUUUAAAAGGCUGAAGAUGAACGAACCACAGACUACAUCUGACAUCGUUCAUCAAGAACCCAAGUGCGACAUUGAGGUGUCUGCCUGCCAUACGUCCUUCUCCCCUCCCUGGGGCAACAAGACCCCCCAGCAGCUCCAAAUCCUCCGGCAGGCUUUCUCCAACACCCGCUGGCCCAGCAGCCUUCAGUACGAAGAGUUAAGCAUUCAGACCGGCCUCCCUAAGUCAGAGGUGGUGCGCUGGUUCAGCGACAGCCGCUACAGCCACAAGAACGGGCAGCUGAAGUGGUUGGACGCCUAUCAGCAGCCUCCAGCGGAGUCAGAGGAAGCCAGGGGCCACGGAGACCCCAAGGCCGGGUCACAGAGAGAACCGUCGCCGGCCAAGAAGAAACCCGUUGAGCAAGAGGCGAUCAAACAACCGGAAGGCGAGGCAGGGCUGGACCCGGGGCAGCGGCUCGCGUGGCAGGAUUCAUACGAGCCGCUGCCGGCCCUGACGGGGUCCGAGGCCGGUGGCGGCAAGCCCGGCAGACCUGAGGAGUCAGGGCAGACAGCGGUCCUGCAGGAUCCCUGGUCAGAGAGAGGAGAGGAGCACCAGCAGGACGCAGCAAGUCAUUCACUGAUUGAACAGCAGACCGACACCAGUCAGGCCAGGGACCGCCUGAGGAUGGAGCUGCUGGAGGUGUGAUGAAGCAGCGGAGACGUGACGUUUUAAAGGCUGGCCCACUCCCCUGGCUGUGAUUUUUAUUUCUUGUUUUAACGACAGAAAAAAAAAAAAAAGUGUGUUCAUAAUGACAGCAGAUGUGAUUGUAGCUGGACCGCUGGACUCUGACUGAAACUGUGAAUACCCCCCCACCCCACCCCACCCCUCCUCGUCCGCCUCCUGCUCCUCUCCUUCUUCUUCCAUCUGCCGUCACUUCCUGCCACCGACAGAAGAAAAAGAACUUCUCACCUUUUGAGUCCUGUGAUGUUUAAGCCUUUCAUGCUUCUUUGUGGUUGCGUGGGGAAGGGUGCACAACGAGGUCAGUAUGAGGGAUCAAAGAAAAGAAAGAAAAGACGCACACUGACUGGAAAACUGACUUGAAUGAGCGGCGCUAGGUGAGGAUAGGGCCGAGAGGCGUUGACUCUGGGGCCGUAGGGAGAAUUAUAUAUAUAUGGUCGAAACUGCACUAUAAAAAGAUGGUUUGUACCGAACGGACAAACAAAAGACGUGUUGAGGAAAUGUCAAUGUUGGCUUUGUGAUAUUUUUUACUUUUUUUUUGUUUUGUUUUGUUUUUUAGCAACCAGUACUUCAGCACUGCCUUGAAUUUUUUCUCGUUUUCCGUUAGUUGGGUUUUUCAAUUCUAUCUACUCUUCUAUAGUCACUGUAAGUCCAGAUGCAAUCGAACAUGUUUUAUUCAGAUCUGUAUUAAUGUUGGUGAUCACUUUGCAGUUCGGCUACACGCAAGAGGCUAAUAUACAAUGCACUAAUGAAGACAGCGAUGCUUAAAAAAAAAAAAAGAAAGAAAAAAAAGAAGAGAAAUCACUCUGCUUCACUGUAAAGGUAUUGACAGCCCUGUCAAGAUCAAUACACUACACUGCCCUGCAAACUGAACAGAGAGAAGCCUGUCACGCUACCGUUGCCUUACUCAGCUCUGUCUGUGUGUUUAUAUGACUCGUCUGUUCACUUUGCUUUCGAGCUCCUGUGCUGUCCAGAAAUAAAGAAAAGCAAAAAAAAAAAAAAAAAAAAAAAACAUAACUUGCCAGUGCAUUGAUAGUCACUGUUGGUCUAUAUCUGUGAAAAAAAAA